ACAGGGUAUAAAACUACAGGAUUUUUCUGAUUGCAUCUUGAGCUCUUUGUUCACAUGCUGAAGAAACGCAGUUAAAACUCGACUUGUUAUUGCUUUUAUAUGAACAGGCGUCAUUUCCGUUUUUGGAAACAAUUUAAUUCGGUGCCAUCACCAACACUGACGUGGUCCGUUGUGUCAGACUGUACGGGGAUUUAUAAAAGUCCCUCAAUAAUGAAACAGCGCUCGGACUGUGGUGUUGUGGCCGCAGACGCCUCUGUACCGAACACUGCGGCAUGAACACAGCCAUCUGUUUAAAACAGACCCGUCUUAUCUGACCUCAAAACGGCUCCAGCGGGUGAAGCCUCGACCAUUUUUGUUGUUUACAUCCGUCAUGCAGGAGUCGGAUGAACGGAAAGGGGCGGCGACGGCAGACGUGCAGGUCGAUGAAGAACCCAACGCGCUCAUCGCCUGUAAAGUCCCCGACGAGGUCUUUAAUGACACCCAUGUAAAGGGCCAGUUUGAGACACUGUUUCAUCAGUUUGAUGCAGGAGUGUAUUUCCAGUUCUUCAAAAGCUUUCACCGUGUACGCAUUAACUUCACCAGUGCAGUGGCUGCAACUCAGGCGAGAGUGAACCUUCACAAGAGUGACUUCAGUGGCAAAGAGAUGCGCCUCUAUUUUGCCCAGUCUGUGCAUAUAGGCAGUCCUCGUCUAGAGCCCCCAAAGCCAGACAAGCAGUUCCUCAUUUCUCCUCCAGCCUCUCCUCCAGUAGGCUGGGCGCAGUCUCAGGAUGCUACGCCCCUCAUUAAUUAUGACCUACUGUGUGCUGUCUCCAAACUUGGUCCAGAUACUGUAGAAAUCCUCGAGAUUCAGCUGUGGCACACCCACUCAACGCAGAUACAUGCUUCCAGUCUGAUGAGUCAGUUUCUGGUGAGCAGUACGAGUUACACACUGGAACCACCACCACGCCUAGUGUGAUAGUGCAUGUGUGUGAAGAUGAAAUCUCUGAUGAUGAAGAGGAAACAGAUAGAGGAACCCGGGCCCGCCCAAAAAUUAUUCAGACUCGGCGCCCAGAUUAUGCUCAUGCUGUCAAGAAGUGAAUUUAUUGGACCAUCUGGGCAACUAGUAACUGGACUUUAAAUCUAGUUUUACCCUCCACGUCACCACAGAGACCGCAAAGACAAGCACCUCUUACUGAGACGGAGUGUCCGAUCUUUACCAUCACAUAUGCUUCUGAAGUAAAUUUGGUUUAUUACGGUAGAACAAGAUACAUUAGGCAGUGAACUGAGUUUAUAUAAUUUAACAAAAGGCGCUUCUGCUUGGCCUUACAUUCAUGUACUGAGAAAGUGGCAUUUGGAGAGCGUUGUCUGGUUUUGUUUCGUUUUUUUUUUCUUUUUUUUUCUUACUUUAGUUUUUAUAAAACACAUUUUCUUCAUUUGUGAAAGUUGUCUAUGCUGUUGAGGGGCCACAAAUGUAGAGCAGCUUAUUGGCAUUAUGUUGUAGCCUGUUGUGUCCGUCUAUGUUGCUAUGUUCUAAUAUUGUGCAAAAACUGAUUAAUGUUAUUAAUGUUGCUACAGUUUUCCAUAUUUUCUCUGAUUAUUAUGCACUUGGGGCCCAAAUUCAGAGUUGCCCACAUACCGAGGAGCUAAUAGUGGAAUCGCAAUUGUCCAGACUUUUUUUGACAGGGCCUAGAUUAGACCACACAUAAUACCAAAAAGAAAGAAAAAACCCAGACAUAUUACUAAUUAUACAUCCUUAGAAAUCUUUACAAUGUAAAAAUACAAAUAUUUGCAGUUUAUGUUGCUCUGACAAAUGAAGAAGUGUUCUUGUUUUCAACUCUUUUCAAUUCUUAUUAAAAUUUUUACUUUUAACUUUUAAUACAAGUCUAAUUAUUUGUAUAGUGUUUUUAACAAUGGACAUUGUCUCAAAGCAGCUUUACAAAAAUCUAGAAACAUAGAAUAAAGAUUAUGAAGUUUAAAAUUACAUUAAUAAUUAUCCCUAACAAUCAAAACAUCCAUUAAAACAGUAAUAGUAUGCUUGUUUAGUUUGCUGCACAUAAUGAGUCUCCACACCUGACUACCUGAGUGCCCUUUAUUUAAUUCAAUUCAGUUUAUUUGUACUGUAUACCGCUUUUAACAAUUUGUCUAGAAGCAGUUUACAGAAUCACAGACACAGAAUAAAAAUUGUAAAGUUUAAGAUUAAGUUAAUAUUUAUCUCUAACAUCUAUUUCUAAUGAGAAGCCUGAGGUCACAUUGGUGAGGAAAAACUCCCUGAGAUGCUAUGAGGAAGAAACCUUGAGAGGAACCAGACUCAGAAGUGAACCUCAUCCUCAUUUGGGUGACACUGGACAGAAAAUAAUGCCCCUUCUGUUUGCUUUGUGUAUUUAGCUAAUUGAUUUACAAGCCUGAUCCACUUUCCUAAGAGAGAUGCCAUGGGGCAGUUAAGCUGAUUUCACCCUGGGGUCAGACUCUGGAUUCUGCACUACUACAUUUAGCUGACCAUGUUCACAAUAUGAGCACAAUCCCGAUCCACACUAAAACUAAUCACACCUGGAGUUUCACUCCUGACUAAGCUUCAGGAUUUCUGCUGCUGUUAUAAUGCUAUAAAAUAGUAGACUAUAUCUAGUUAAUCAUGCCAAAUUAAAUUGGCUGCAUCAUUAAUAUUUAUAGAUUUGCAGACGGUUAAAUUGCAUGAAAUCCCGUUGUUAAACCGACACAUUUGCCAUAGUUGUGUCUUAAUGUGAUUAUUAAGAUUUGGAAUCUUUUCACAUACCGAUUAUGACAAUCAGCCUUAAUAUAUUUGCAAUAUAUUCAACUAUGAUUAGAUUUAUUUAUUUCUGGCAUUAUCAGGCAGCUCUUUAUUUUCCCUUUAUUAAUCAUACUCAUUGUUAAUGAAAGAAACCAAUCUUCUGAACCAUGAACUACAUAUUUUAAUAAAUUACAUAUUAUAAAUAAGUGAAUAAUCUUUCUAAUCCUCCCAGAAACUGAUGUUCAAUAUAAACAUAAAUAUUCAUGUAUCUUUUGAAUACAAGUCUGCAGCUCUGAAUACGGCCCUUGAAGAAUAAUGCCUUAUUAUGUGGUACAUGUUUAACAUGACUUGAGUGUUGCUUCAUAUCUGUUACAUAACAUGUGAUCUGUUGAUCUGGUGUACUGUAUUGUCUGUGGAGAUUAGUCACUGAAAUCACUGUCAGAGAAUAAAGAAAAUAAAAUUUUAAAAUGCA